AUGUUUGAGACACAGCAGAAAUGGGAGAAGUUCAACCAUGAGUGGAACUCUUUAGUGUAUUCAUCUUCUGAAAUUCAAUACGAUGAGCAUCUUAAAUCAUUACUUAAGGAAUUCAGUAGUUAUCCUGAUGCAGUCAAAUACGUCAUGGAUACUUGGUUGGUUCCUUACAAGGACAAAUUUGUGGCGGCAUGGACAGACACGUGUAUGCAUUGUGAGCAAUGUUACAACGAACUAGCAUCAUUUGAGAAAAUACACAGUCUGCUUGAGUUGCAACACACUGAUAUCAAGGCUUCAUUUGAGAAAAGUCUAACUGCUGUGCAACAUCAAUUUAAACCUUCUCAGUUCAGGGAGCUAUGGGGUAAUGUGUCUAUCUCUGUAUUGGAGUAUUUGCUUGUAGAGAAUAAGAGAGCAAAUUCCAUUGGUAUUGAUGUUGAAGCUUGUGGAUGCUGGAGGCAACUUCAUAUCUCCAUAUGCAAGAAAGAAGAGGAAUCAGAGGUGAGUUGUCAUGCAGAAGUAGAGUUGUUUGUGAACAAGUUUAAUGAAAGUGAUAGAACCAUACGGUUGGAGCUUUUGAAGAAGUUGAAAGAUAUUGUAUAUCCGGGAAGCACUUUUCUUGUUGAGCCGGAGGUGAAGCCCAAAACACGUCCUCGGGAUCAUAAGAAGAUUAGUGUUUCUGCCCGUCGUGACCCGUGUGCAUUUGAGUUGGUGCAAUUUGGACAUGAUUCCUUCUCACCUAAGGACACUCAAAUCACUACAUUAGCUUCUACUCUGCAAACCAAGAAGAAGAGACCUGUUAAGGGAAAGGAGAAGGUGAAUCCAAAAAGAAAGGUAUACAUUACUAGAACAGUGAAACCUGGUGCAUAUGUUGAUGCUUUCCCUUCUGGGUUGAAACCAUACAUUAAGUUUGUCAAGGAUGUAGCUGCAGAUGGGAAUUGUGGUUUCAGGGCUAUAACUGCUUCAAUUGGUCAUACAGAAGAUGAUUGGGCUCAGAAAUGUCUCACCUUUUUACCUCUUAGAACAGUGCCAGUACCUCAACUUGAUAGACGUGAGAUUGCCAUUGGGUUUGUCAACGGAAAUCAUUUCGUCCAGGUUUUGUUACAGCCAGGCCAUCCAGUUCCUCCUAUAGCCACUAAUUGGCGAAAAUACCGUCACCCUUGCGCUGUUGACUGGGAUGAUGCAUAUGUGCGUCGCAUUCAACAUUUCAAGGACAUUAUUCAUGAUAAUGUAGCUACUCGAGAGACAUUUGAUGUUGUUGAUGUCGCAUGA